GUCUCUUUAGGCGGGGCGCUUCCAGGCCAGUCAUCGCGGGUGUGACGGCUCUCCAGCUUAGUGUGGGCGUGUCGGCGGCGCGAGGUUUUCCAGCUCGGUAUAGCGGGACCGCGCACUGUGCGGGCACUCACUCCGACGCAGGCAGCCAACAUGGGCAACAAGAUGGGCCGGGAGGACUUCGAGUGGGUGUACACCGACCAACCGCAUGCCGACCGCAGGAAGGAGAUCCUGGCAAAGUAUCCUGAGAUAAAGAGGCUUAUGAAACCAGAUUACAACCUGUUAUGGAUUGUGUCGCUGAUGGUGCUCGCACAGUUUCUAGCUUUUUACCUGGUGAAGGAUCUGGAAUGGAAGUGGCUCAUGUUCUGGACCUACGUGCUGGGAAGCUGCAUCAGCCACUCCAUGACCCUGGCCAUCCAUGAGAUCUCUCACAAUUGCGCCUUCGGAAACAGCAAAGCCAUGUGGAACCGGUGCUUUGGAAUGUUUGCCAAUUUGCCGAUCGGCCUCCCUUACUCGAUCUCCUUCAAGAGGUACCAUAUGGAUCACCAUCGCUACCUGGGGGGUGAUGGCAUUGAUGUAGACAUUCCCACGGACUUUGAAGGCUGGUUUUUCUGUACCUCUCUGCGGAAGCUUGUGUGGAUCAUCCUACAACCACUCUUCUAUACCAUUAGGCCCCUCUGCAUCAACCCCAAACCUGUCUCCCGUCUGGAAUUAAUCAAUUUGGUGAUUCAGUUUUCUUUUGAUGCUCUAAUUUACUACUUCUUGGGGAUUAAAUCUGUGGUGUACAUGCUGGUGGGCUCCAUACUUGGUCUUGGACUUCAUCCAAUUUCGGGACACUUUAUAGCCGAGCAUUACAUGUUUAUGAAGGGCCAUGAGACCUACUCCUACUAUGGGCCCUUAAACUACCUAACUUUUAAUGUUGGAUACCACAAUGAGCACCACGACUUCCCCAGUGUUCCCGGAAAGAACCUGCCACUGGUGCGGAAAAUAGCGAAGGAAUAUUACGACCCCCUCCCACAGUACACGUCCUGGGUAAAAGUUCUCUAUGACUUCAUAAUGGACGAUACGCUCAGCCCAUACUCCCGCGUCAAGAGGGAAUUGAAGGGAGAGGUCAAGCAGGAGUAAUGUGUGGACCAAUGAGACUCUUAAGCUCUUGCUCAGGGGGCUUGUUUAUGUCUUAGCUGCAGGAAUAUGGGUUUCCCGUGCAAGCCUGACAUCUGGAGCUUCUGGGCUUAGGUUUUUACACUCCGAAUGCUUCUCUUAUUUUUUUAUGAACUAGCGAUACACAUUUCUUGUCCUUUUCUUUCGAGCGUAAGCGUACAUGGGUAAAGAGGAAGCUGUAGGCUGCCAUUCUGUCCCUCCUGAAAAUGCCAGUUGGGUCACGAUCUUCACCACUUGGGUUACAGAACAACCAAGAAGAGAGAAGAACCAAUUGAGUGUUUUAAAGGGGUUGUAAAGGUUUGUUUUUUAUUUUCUAAAUGGGUUCCUUUAAAGUGGAUGUAAACCCAAAAA